CAUUUCACCAGCUUCUAAAAAAUCGAUCCACCCCUUCUGCACAUUCUGUGAGCGCGUGAAUAUAAACAAUCCAUCUACAGGAACCUUUUUAGCUUUCCGCUUUCCGUUUUGCCUUUGACUUUACCUUUCCGUCUCACCCAUUUAUCUGCGGACCUAUUUCUCCCCCCUUUUCUCCCCCCUUUUCUCCUUGCCAUGGAUUCAGAGCAAUUCCGGGCAGCUGCUUACUCUGCCAUUGACCAGAUAAUCGACUACUAUGACACUAUCGAAUCCCGCCGCGUAGUCUCUAACGUCUCGCCUGGAUACCUUAAACCCCUCCUCCCUUCGGGACCCCCAGCCAAUCCUGAACCCUGGGCCGACAUUCAAUCAGACAUAGAAUCCAAGAUCCUCCCCGGGAUAACCCAUUGGCAAAGCCCUAACUUCCUCGCAUUCUUCCCCGCGAACUCCUCAUACCCCGGUAUCCUGGGAGAACUCUACUCUGCCACCUUCAAUAGUGCAAACUUCAACUGGCUCUGUUCCCCCGCCGCGACAGAGUUGGAGACAAUUGUCCUAGAUUGGCUUGCGCGGUUGCUCAACCUGCCGGAAUGCUUUCUGAGCACGAGCAGGAAUGGCGGUGGGGGAGUUAUUCAGGGGAGUGCCAGUGAGGCUAUUUGCACAGUCAUCGUCGCGGCAAGGGAACGAUACUUGGGCAAUCUCGCUGCCGCAGGCAAAUCGGUGGAACAGAGCGAGGGGAUCAUUGACAACAAUAGAUCAAAACUUGUCGCACUAUUCUCAGACCAAACCCACAGUUCUACACAAAAAGGCUGUCAGAUUGCCGGCGUAAAACAUCAUUCCAUCCAAGUCCCCGGCAGUGCCACAGAGAACUACGUUCUAACGGGCCCACUCCUUCGCAAGGCCCUAGAAGAACUAACAGCGAAAGGCCUACACCCCUUCUUCCUAACUGUAACUCUUGGCACCACUGCCACCUGCGCCGCUGAUGACUUCGCUUCCAUAGUCCCUGUGUUGAAGGACUACCCAAACCUCUGGGUCCAUGUCGACGCGGCGUUCGCCGGCGCAGCUCUCAUCCUCCCGCAAUACCAUCAUGUCCCGGCCCCCUUCAAGCAUUUCGAUAGCUUCAACAUGAAUAUGCACAAAUGGUUGCUAACAAACUUUGAUUGCUCGUGCCUCUACGUCAGGACCCGCAAGCACCUACUAGACGCCCUCUCUAUAGCCCCCCCUUACCUCCGAAACCCAUUCUCAGAGCAAGGUCUAGUCACCGACUAUAGAGACUGGCAAAUCCCCCUCGGCCGCCGGUUCCGCGCGCUCAAGAUCUGGUUCGUGAUGCGCUCUUACGGGGUCUCGGGACUGCAGAGGCAUAUUUGGGAUUCGAUCCGGCAUGGGGAGAGUUUCGCACAGUGGGUGCGCGAUCGCGCAGACAUAUUCGAAAUCGUCGUGCCGCCGGCGUUUGCACUUACAGUAUUCGCAAUCAAGACGACACGGAGGGAGGAGAGUAACCGCCUUACCAGAGUUGUGUAUGAGGCGGUGAACGCCGAUGGGGAGAUAUUUAUCACUAGUACGGUUAUCGACGGGAUCUAUGCCAUUCGUGUUGUAGGCGGUGGGCCUAAGAUCCGAGAGGAGGUGCUGAGGAGGGCAUUCGAGAUUCUUGUUAGCAAGACGGAGGAGGUGCUUAAGGCUGAGGGUACACCUCAGGUUAGUGGUAUCAAUGGCAUCAACGGGGUUGUGAAGAUUGACUGCGUGAAUGGCGUAGAUGACAUCAAGCUUGGUGGUGUCGAUGGCAUCGCUACGCUAAAGUAG